AUGGAGAUGACGACAACGACGACGACGGCGAAAAGCGAUGAGGACGACGACAACGGGGUUGAUGGCAAUGAUAAUGCUGAUGAUAGUGCCAGAGUGGCGAAGGUAUCCACAACGGUAACCGGUUUCAUUCGAUAA